UUCUUGGAGCCAGUGUGUCACCAGCUGUUUGAGCUGUACCGCAGUUUGGAAGUGAAGCUCAAACGGUUUACCUUGCAAUUCCUUCCGGAACUUAUUUGGGUGUACCUAAGAGUUACUGCCAGCAGAGAUCGGCAAAGUAAUGGCUGCAUUGAGGCCCUCUUGCUGGGUAUCUACAAUCUUGAAAUUGUGGACAAGGAUGGAAAUAACAAGAUGCUGUCUUUCACAAUCCCUUCGCUGUCCAAACCCUCAAUAUAUCACGAGCCAUCAAGUCUAGGGACCAUGGCUUUGACUGAAGGUGCUCUGAGCCAACAUGACCUCAUUAAGGUGGUCUACAGCGAUCUGCACCCCCAGAGGGAGACGUUCACUGCUCAGAACAGGUUUGAGGUUCUCUGUUUCCUGAUGGUCUGCUACAACUCUGCCGUGAUUUUCAUGCCAGGCUCCUCACACCAGGCGGUGUGUCGUAUGUGCUCCAGACUCUGCGUGUGUGGAUUCCCUCGACAGCAGCAGAAGUCCUGGAGUGAGGCUUGUGGUCGUGUCAUCCUUGACCCAGAGUUCAUGGUGCAGAUGCUGACAGCUGUCUACCAUGCAGUGUAUAACGGUGAAUGGGAUUUAGGCAGGGAAGCACUGGAAGACAUCAUCUACAGAGCACAGCUGGAGCUUUACUCCCAGCCUCUUCUGGUGAGUGUAGUGAGGCUCAUCCACCACUUGGUGUGGACAAUGGGGUCAACAGAGGUGGAGAUGCAUCAUGGGAAGAGCGUGUCUGACAGGCUGGUGCUCCCCGUAUCAUCUCCUCUUUGAUGUGCUUUCACACUUCUUAUUUCUGAUUCAUCCUUAUUCUGUUCCAGUUGUCUUUUUUGUCUUUUAUUUAAUUAAUGCUGUGUUUACUGUUGGCUGAGAAAAUCUUUUUGUUUUCCUGGAAAAAGGAGAUCACAUAAUUUCUGAUACAAUGGGAUUCAGUAGCACCCCUGCUUAAAAUUACAGCAAACAAUACCGAAACAACCGGGAAAAAGUAACAUGGUAACUAGUCAAAUGUCACAAUGUCCCAAAUGUGUAGUUUGGCCAAAACAUUGUUAAAUAAACCAAUUCCGAACAGUGCUGUCAUGCAGGACAGAGAAGUGUGCUCAGGUGGCAUCAACCUGACUCCUCCUGCCUUCAUUCAUUGGUCAGCCCUGCCCAGUUAAAGCUCAUUUAUUGGCUAUCAUGGCUCUUUGCAUUAUAUCAGCACUGCUGAGCGCAGCCUGAUCAAGGUUUUCUGCGAUGUUUGCUCUGAGGAUGUUGAUGGAGAAGUAGAGAGAAGGCCAGAAGGAGUUGCAUUGUGUUUUUGUGG